AUGCCAACAUUUAGUGUCCGGCAGCGACGCACUGAAAAUCCCUUACGCGAACGUUUACUCGUUCGAAAAUUCAUCACCCAACUAGAAACAUAUUACUUCUAUCAGCAACAACAACAAAUGCAAUGGCAAUACUACAAAGAACAAGAAGCUAUGACAUCGAAUAAUGCUCAAGUCAAUCAACAAAAUGAACAAAUAAGUCAGAUGGAUGUCGAUCGAGAACUUGAUGAACAAACCGAACAUGAAGAUGAUCCAUCGAACAUCAACGAUGAGUCAAGUGAAGAUGAGGAUGAUUCGGUCUGUUCAAUUGUUAUGUCAACAAGCGAUGAUCAUACCAAUUGUGAUUCACUUGAUACAUCGGAUUUAAUGAAAAAUUAUGCCUUAAUGCUUGAAGUUCCAACAACUUUGACAACAACAAAAGAACAAAUCUAA